UAUGACGUCAAUAUGCAUAUGAAGAAAAAAAAACACCGUAGACCUAGGCCUAGUUCUUGAACGCAUGCGGGAAAUACAAAGCCACUCCUGCAUUCUCUAUGUAGCUGUUUAGUUGGACAUACUGUUUUCAACAGUUACUGAUUUUGGUUUCACAAAAAAAAAACAACAACUAAGAAUGCAGAUGAAAAUAUUUGCCUUUUUUGUUGCCUUUUCCUCCGGUAUGUGGGCGUUUGAUAUGACCCUCGAAGACUUCCAGAACUCCGUCUGUCCGUCCGGCACCCUGAAGUGUGAGUUUGACGGCAGCUGCUGUAACGCUGAGAGUCAGUUCUGUGACCCGCUUGUACGAACAUGCAACGACGCCUUCCCCAAAGACGCGGACAAACUCCAGACUUGCUGCAGGGAGGCGGGGAACGCAUCGACCAGUUCGAGGCUGAUUGACGUCUGCUACUUCAAAUUUGGAAAAGAUUUUCUCCACGACAAAUGUGCCGGCACUUUAGACGAGAGCUCUGACAGAUUGCUGUUCAUUCUGACUGUCGUGUUUGCCAGUACUGCUUUCGUCUUGACUGUUUAUUCGAUUGUAGUGACAAUAAAACUAAUAAAGUCCCAGCGUCGCAGUACAAAGCGAUGCCAAGGAGACGCCGAAAAGCCACACAAAGCGGACGAAUACGACCUGAAUAGACAGUUAGCACCCUUGAUGGGGGCAAACGGGUCCAACCCACACGCUGGUUCAGCAGAGAGAACAAAUCGUCCCGACGACAUUUCCCUGAAUUUGACAUCAAGAGCUAGAGCUAGUGCCGCCAAUGUCAGUGAUUCCAGCGGCGUGGAAGCAGAAGUGAACAGACUGGCCUCUCCUGUUGAAGAGGGCUGCAUCCAUCAACCGAUGGUGUCUUUGGCGGGGGCGACAAAUUUUCCAGUCACCAACGUCAACGAAACGUCAGAAGUUGUCACCAGCGGUUGUCAGUACACACCAACAACUGAAACUAAAAGAGUUUAAUUAUGCAUGGUUGACGGUAUUGUGGGCUUGUUUUUUUUUUUUAUUUAAAUGUCACCGGGGAGGUCUUUAAAAACGGUUUGUUUCCUUCUUAAAAACGUGUCCGCAGCAGUUCAGGACUGUAUGACGGCGACGACUUAGGUAAACACAAAUAGUUAAAUUAAUGUGGUGACUAUAUUAAAUUAAUACUUGAUUAUGACCACAGUACAACUCAGAUACCAAUACGAUAAUGACCAGUUUACGAUAGUGUACUGAUGUUAUGUUGACAUUCAAUGACACUAUAAUCACAGCUAUUUCGCUGACGUCACCAAAAAAAGGUCACGGUUAGACCGUUGUUCCAAUGACCUAUCAAGUUGUGAAGUCACCCUACACCAGAUGUGUGAGGGGAGGGUGGGGGAUGGUCGUACAAGAACAAAUGUCAAUAACGACAAAGGCUUACAGUCAUAAGUGCAACAUGGACAAAACGCCGACAUGGACAGGGGUCGAAAGACUAUAGGCCGAAUGUCGUAAUGCCGACAUUGACAGGGGUCGAAAGACUAAAGGCCGAAUGUCGUAAUGCCGACAUUGACAGGGGUCGAAAGACUAAAGGCCGAAUGUCGUAAUGCCGACAUUGACAGGGGUCGAAAGACUAAAGGCCGAAUGUCGUAAUGCCGACAUUGACAGGGGUCGAAAGACUAAAGGCCGAAUGUCGUAAUGCCGACAUUGACAGGGGUCGAAAGACUAAAGGCCGAAUGUCGUAAUGCCGACAUUGACAGGGGUCGAAAGACUAAAGGCCGAAUGUCGUAAUGCCGACAUUGACAGGGGUCGAAAGACUAAAGGCCGAAUGUCGUAAUGCCGACAUUGACAGGGGUCGAAAGACUAAAGGCCGAAUGUCGUAAUGCCGACAUUGACAGGGGUCGAAAGACUAAAGGCCGAAUGUCGUAAUGCCGACAUUGACAGGGGUCGAAAGACUAAAGGCCGAAUGUCGUAAUGCCGACAUUGACAGGGGUCGAAAGACUAAAGGCCGAAUGUCGUAAUGCCGACAUUGACAGGGGUCGAAAGACUAAAGGCCGAAUGUCGUAAUGCCGACAUUGACAGGGGUCGAAAGACUAAAGGCCGAAUGUCGUAAUGCCGACAUGGACAGGGGUCGAAAGACUAAAGGCCGAAUGUCGUAAUGCCGACAUCGACAGGGGUCGAAAGACUAAAGGCCGAAUGUCGUAAUGCCGACAUGGACAGGGGUCGAAAGACUAAAGGCCGAAUGUCGUAAUGCCGACAUGGACAGGGGUCGAAAGACUAAAGGCCGAAUGUCGUAAUGCCGACAUCGACAGGGGUCGAAAGACUAAAGGCCGAAUGUCGUAAUGCCGACAUGGACAGGGGUUGAAAGACUAAAGGCCGAAUGUCGUAAUGCCGACAUGGGCAGGGGUCGAAAGACUAAAGGCCGAAUGUCGUAAUGCCGACAUCGACAGGGGUCGAAAGACUAAAGGCCGAAUGUCGUAAUGCCGACAUCGACAGAGGUCGAAAGACUAAAGGCCGAAUGUCGUAAUGCCGACAUGGGCAGGGGUUGAAAAACUAAAGGCCGAAUGUCGUAAUGCCGACAAAAAGUCGAAAUUCAAACGUAGUGCUCCUAAAGCCAUACGAAACUCUGAUAUAUACCAGCCGACUUUCGCUCAAGUCAUUCUUACACUAUAUUUCAUUAAUGAUUAAACAAACCAUUUAAUUUUUAAAUAUUACGAGGAUGCCUUUCAUUGAGCUGUAUACAUCGUAGACAUUAUCAAUUGUCAGUUAUUUGAUUAUAGAAAAACCUGUUUCAAUGCAGAAGAGUAUUAGAGAAAAGAAUCAGAGAUGUAUAUCUCCAUAUUUGUAUUGUUAACCAGUGUUUUGGUUAUCAUCCUUUCUUACACCAGAGUGAAAGUUAGAGUAUAAAAAUGAAUGAACACCUGUGUGUAAAGUAAAAAAUGCGGGCGAUUUAGUCGUUGUGUAAAUAUAUCAAUGAACAAUUAAAGCUUAUAUCUAUAAAUAUGUACAUGCUUAUGUUAAAAAACCUGUAGUAUUUAUUCUUAUUUUAGUUUAUACACACACGUAAUUUUAAUUAAUUUAAAUUUGUUCUUCUUGGUUCAACUAGCGGGCUAGGUCUGAUCACAAAAGACAUUUUUGUUAAUUAGUGUUUAGAUAAUUAGAUACGUUUUGUACUAUGUAUAUAUUCAUAUGUAAGUACAUUCAUUAAAUAAAAAGAUUUAAUUUAGA